CUCUCUCUGACUUUGCAAAUGCAUCAAUAAUGACCUGUGUUAAUUAUUCCGCACUUCCGUGACUCGUACGCCUAGUAUCCGUCUCAUUGUUUUUUAACUCCGGCAACAUGUAUGUUCCCACUGGUAUGGUCAAUGUCUGACUGAAGGUAAUCUUCAUGCAAUGUACUAGUAUGAGUCUCCUUGCAGUGAGAAGUAUUUAUCCGGAUAAUACAUCGGAUAGUCUUCAGGCCUCUAAUUCUGUGGAUUGUUAGGGCAGCACAAUUUUUUUUUAUUUUUUAAUUUUUUAAUAUACAUUUGGUGACCGGGAGUGUGCAACUGGAAGUAGGUCCAUUUUCAGCGGAGGCCCGGGGAGAAAAACUCCACAGUUAAAGCAUACAGACAGUAGUUACAUUGGAUUUACAUAGCGACUAACAAUUUGGUUAACAUAGCAAUUAAUUACAAACAUAGUUGUAGAUGAACAUAGUACAUCAUUAGACAACUAGAGGUUGCAGACAGUAUUUGUGUGUGAGGGUUUAUAACGGUUACAGUAUAACUGCUGCAGAAGCUAUGGACUUGCAUAUGGGGUGUAUGAUUCAUCAAAAUGAGUUCCUUGGGUUGGCAUAGGAUUGCCUGGUCUCAACAGUGUCAUAACACCUGUAAGUUUUCUUGAGUUAAAACAGGACCUAAUACUGUUCAAGUGCAUGACAGCUUUCUAAUGUUUGUAGUGGUAACAUUGCAGUAGUGUUGCAUUGUUUCAGUUGCCAAACGUGGACUUUGAGAAAGGAUGGCCUCCCAGCAGAAGUCGCGUACCAUUGUGCCAUACAGCUUCGAGCCAGUAUAUACCGAUGGUCAGCGUCCACCUAAACGAGCACGCAGAUGCAGCAGUAGCAGUGAGGAGGAUGAUGCUUGUGUGACCGCAGAUGAAGACAUGAAAUGGUGCACAUGCCAGCUCUGCAUACCAAUGAGUACUGCACGUGAAUGUUACUGCUGUGCAUCAUCGACCCGUGCCAAAGCCAAAAUCAUUGAAAUUCAGCCACCACCACAUUGCAUUACUGCACAUCCACUAUUUGAAAGUACUUGCCUAACGACACAUAUGCUACACAUCCUUAUGCGAGCCAUGUACUACUUCAAAGGUCAUUUUCAACGUACACAGUGGACAAACAGAGUAUACAGAUUCGUUGCCUACCGAGCAUAUGUGCUAUGGAUGUACGAUAAUAAAAAACUUGGUUAUGGUCAUCGAGUGGUCAUCCCCUCAUGUGUUGUGAACAGUAUACGUCAAAGAUUCCCCUCGGAGGAAAAUGAUUAUGUUGGCUUUCAGGCUUUUGAAGGUUUUUGGGAGUUUACAGAGUAGCACUUGAAGAUUACUGUCAAGUUGUUGAAGCUGUCAGAAGCUGGAAAAAAUAAUAAUUAUGCAUUGUGUGGAUUGUGUAGUGUGCAAUUUAUGUAGUACAUGGUGGAUUUCUAUUGAUGUAUUAACCAACUGAAUUAACUGUAACACUAUGUUGUGGAUCAUAAUGGUUGAUGUAUAAAACAAUUACAUAUGUAAUGGCCAUAACUGCGAAUGAAAAUUUACAAUUUACAUAGAAAAUUUGUUUUUUAGUAUGUCACAUAUUUACUUAAAUAGUGUUAAUAAAUUGGAUGUAAACCUUUAUCCUUGUCAGUUUA